AUGUUCCUAGUUCCAGGUCAUAUGCCUGCUACUGUAUUUUCCCUAGUGAUGUUUUGUGUGCUGUCGACCAUGGCAACACCCAACCCGCCUAUUCCCUCUGGGUCUAAAGAAUCAUCUCCAGUAUUGUCAGAGGAUGCAAAAGAGUCUCCAAGUGGGUUUAAACGAAUUGGCAGUAUCCUUUAUCGUAAAAAAACACCAAAACGAAUUCUCCAAACUCAUGAAUCUGAAGAUGUUACGCCUGACGAUCAAAGCUCAAGUAGCGGUUACAACACACGCUCAAAAGCUAAAAAGUCGAUCAGUCAGAAAUUCAUCGACUUUAUGAUUGCCAAAAAUGAUGGUAGGGGUCAAAAGAAAUCGUCAGAUACUAGACUUGGCUCGGAUCUAAGCUCGCUAAAGAGUAUUCAUCAAAGAAUCGAGAGAAAUAGGAGAUCGUCACGACGUAACAAAAAGAAGCUUGAAACUAUGGAAGAUAUCGAUGAAAGAAUGCAGUACAAUCGAGAGAAACAGGCUACUAAACAAGGAAAAAGAGCUCGACCCAAGGAUCAGGCACCGGUUGCUAUAAUACCGAUUAUACCUUUAGAAGGAUUUGUGAAGGAAGGAUGGGACGACGAAUAA